UUACAUGACGAAGAAACGUACACAAUCUCAUUCUUAAUCAUCUUAUACAAGAAUCAGAAGAGAAAGAAAAAAAAGAUUUAAUAUGGCGAUCGUGGGCCCUAACUUUUGUGCACCGUAUCCGGUAGAGUUGGGAAUCGUACGAAAGGUGAUGACGAUAACAGAUGGUAACUUCGCCGUCACAGACGUUAACGGCAAUCUCCUUUUCAAAGUCAAGGAACCAUUGUUUAGUCUUUCGGACAAAAGGAUCUUACUCGACGCAUCAGACACUCCCAUUUUGACUUUGAAAGAAAAUAAGGUGAGCCUUCACGAUAGGUGGCAAGUGUUCAGAGGAAAGAGCACAGACCAAAAUGAUUUGGUAUUCACAUUGAAACGAUCGUCGAUGUUUCAGCUGAUUAAGCCAAAGCUAGAUGUUUUCUUGGCUCAUAAUAAGGAAAUGAAGGAAUGCGACUUCCAUGUCAAAGGGAGUUGGAUCGACCGGUCAUCUGUCAUCUAUGCUGGAAAAUCUGACGUCAUUGUUGCUCAGAUGCACAAGAAACAUACCGCACAGAGCAUAUUGAUAGGGAAGAGUAAUUUCUCGGUUACGGUUUAUCCGAACGUUGAUUAUGCGUUUAUAGUCUCUCUCAUUGUAAUCCUCGAUGACAUUAACCGAGAAGAUUCCGAAGACUAAACAAUUUUCUGAUAAAUGGUUCUUGAUUUAUACUAUUAUUAUAUGAAAGACAGCAUAUUUAAUUCUUGAUAUUUGUAAAAGUUUUAUAAAUUGCGUUUGAUAAUGAAUAUGAUAAAAAUAAUUUCAUGGA